AUGGAACAAGGCGAGUAUUUAUAUUCAGGUAAUGCAUGGUUUAAAGAACACCUUGAUGGUCCUGAUGGACAUUUAUGGCGAAAAGCUCGAAAGAUGUUUCUAUUUAAUCAUGACUUAUCGUCAGCACUUAAUUUAUUUAAGUUUAAUUAUACAGCCAUAAAAACUAUAUCGAGACCUGAAGGCACAAUUCUUCAUGGAUCUCGUAACACAACUCUUGAUUCUAAUCAAGAAAGUGAACAUCGACCAGGUCGAUCAUGGACAGACGAUGCACAAAAUUCUAUUCGUACAUUACUUGAUCGAAUUGUAACUCGAUGGAUACCAAAUUAUAUGUAUGAAUCAAAAAUUAAUAUUAAAAAACUUCAUCAUAGUUUAACUCCAGUACCUUUAAAAUUAGUACAAACAACAUAUGACAAAACAAAUGAUGAUAUUGAUACAUUCAAUGUCAAUAAUGCUUUAGCAACUUAUCAGGCAUGUCUUGUUCCAUUACAUUAUCAUGAAUUAUGGAAUGAGAUUGUCAAAGAUUUUAAAAAUGUUGAUGUUACUCUUAAAGAACGUGAAACAGUUAUUCAUUUUGAGUUAUUCUAUGAUAAAAUGACACUUGAUGAAGAAGAAGAAAGUGCACUCAUUUUUGGAACCAAUCGUGUAACUUUUACUGAUAAUUACAAACCAUUAUCAAAAAAACUUGGUCUUUUUGAUCUUGUUCUAAUUACAAUCAAUAAUAUGAUAUAUUUUGGUAUGAUUGUACAUGUUGAACAAAUUAAAGUUAAAGUAGCCUGCAAAAAUGAACAGUCAAAUAACAAUCAUACGACACAUACUAAUCACAAUGAGCUUGAAUUCGAAUUACAAACAACAACUGGUGUUUAUGUUUCACGUGCAUGUUCCAAUGCUAUCCAACAAUAUCAUCAACGAAAUCAAGAUAAAAAACUACCAAUAUGUAAAUUAAGUAAUAUAUCAUCAUCAAGACGUAUGAUCAGUGCUAUACAUAAUUUGCAUGAAUGGCCUCAAUAUCGUAGUUUACUUAAACCUAUGAUUAAUGAUAUUUAUUUCCAAUUACCUACAGAUUAUGACUCUUUGAAUAUAAGUCCUACGAAUGGAUUUAAUAUGGCUCAAUCAAAGACAAUCGCUAUUGCAGAAUGUAUGUUUGAUGAUAUUCAAGAUCAUCUGCAUCUUGUCCACGGUCCACCUGGUACAGGCAAAAGUCGAACAAUCGCAGGUAUUGUAUUGAAAUUGCUAGCUAAAUUACCUGAAUCAGGACGUAAACAAAAAAUUCUGCUUUGUGCACCAUCAAAUAAUGCAUGUGAUGAAUUAUCUCGACGUAUUCUUGAUGAGUUUACUAAUCAACAUAUUUCCUACAAGCAUGGCACUCUGAUUCGCAUUGGAUGUCAACCACCUGAUGAUUAUCGAGAGCAAAGACCAAAUUCUAAUAUUGCUCAAGAAACAGAAGCACGUAUUAUAAAACAUGCUAAAAUAGUUGUUUCAACACUGAAUUAUUGUGGAAGUACAAGACUGCAUCCAUUGAAAUCAUCUACUGCAUUUAUUAUUGUUGAUGAAGCAAGUCAAAGUUUGGAAGUCGACUUUCUUUUGCCACUUCGAUUUAAAUGUACCAAGCUUAUACUAGUUGGUGAUCCCUUACAACUUCCUCCAUGUGUCAUCAGUGAUGCUGGAAAUACUUAUGGUUUAGCUCAAUCGCUCUAUAAACGUUUGUAUUCUAUUUUUGACAAACAUUCAGAUGGUCCAAUAAGUAUGCUCGAUACUCAAUAUCGAAUGCAUCCAGACAUAUGUCGAUUUCCAAGUGAACACUUUUAUGACAAUCGUUUAUUAACAGAUGAAUCAGUAGCCAAAAGAAUGAUGUAUUUUACUCUCAAGCCAUUAUAUUUAUACAAUAUGAUUAAAUCACCACAUGGAUAUGAUAAUGCUAGUUCAUCAUUUAAUGAAGGUGAAGCUAAAUUUAUAAGAUAUUUUUGUAAUCUAUUAAUUGCACAUCUGGCUCUACCACCUACCCCUGUCUUCAGUGACAGUGAAGAUGAUGAAGACGAUGAUGAUUCUAGCAUAACCUCUUCAUCUAAUUCAACUUAUUAUACUGAUGAUGAUAGCGAUCAUGAAGAAAAGACAGAAAGACAAUGUUUACAACCAUUACCCAUUGAUGAUCCUCGAUCGAUUGAAGUUCAACAACGAAUUGCUGUAAUUACUCCAUAUAAAGCUCAAGUUCGUCUUCUUCGAUCACAUCUACCUCGGUAUAUUGAAAUUAUGACAGUCGAUAGUUCACAAGGCAAGGAAAAAGAUAUUGUUAUACUUUCAUGUGUGCGUAGCGGUGGUACAAUUGGAUUUUUAGAUGACAUGAAUCGUGUUAAUGUCAUGUUAACUCGACCGAAAAAUGGUUUGUAUGUAGUUGGAAACUUAUCUCAAUUGGCUAGUCAACAUGACAGUUGGCAUGCUUUUGUUAGCCAUGCUCAUGUGAAUAGAAUUAUCUGUGACGUGGAUACUAUCUGGCCCGAUCUACCGUAUCGUCGUUAA